AUGAAUCAAUUUGAUAGAUUUAUAGAAGAGACUGAACAAAAAUUUAACAUUGAUACAAGCUCUAGAAAAACUUCAAUAAACUUAAUUCAUCGUACUGAAAAAUGUAAAAGAAGUAAUAGUAAUAAUAGCAUGAAACCUAUUAAUAAUAACUAUAGUAUCUGCUCUACUGUAACUACUCAAUCUGAGCCUCGGGAUUCUGUAAUAUUGAAUUCAGAAGGUUCCAGCAUUAGUAAUAGUAGUGGUAAUAGUACCAAAUCUAUUCUAGUUCAAAAGCCAUUAACACCAGUAAGAAUUAAUAAUUUAUGUGAUCAACCGUUAAACAAUAAUGAGUCUGAAAAGUAUAUACGAUAUAGCAUAGCUCAGGAUACCGUUGAUACAAACACUUUACAACCUGGUAAUCAAAAUGAUCACGGAUUAAGGGUAGUCUCAUCUUCAAAGUCAGUAAUUAGUAAAAGAAGAUCAUUAAUACAGCCUAUAAUAGUACAUAAUGAUGAUAACCAUAAGAAGAAUAUUUCAGGUGGUAGUAUAGAUAUAAAUCAAAAUUCUCUUAAAAAUAUAGAAAGAGCUGUUGCAAAUGAAAAUUUGACUCUAUCUUCAACUGAUUUUAAUAUUACUAAUAAUUGUAUUGAAAAUUCAAAUAUUUUUUCCUCCCUAGUUGAUAAUAACAAUGUUGAUGACUUACUAAAAAAUUUGGCCAAUAAAGAAUUAGAAUUAUUGGAAAGUAAGAGAAAUAUAGAGGAAUUGAAAAGAAAGUUGUUACAUCAUGAGAAAUUAUAUGAACAACAAUAUGAUGACUUGAAAAAAUUAAAGGCUGAGGUAUCCAGACAUAUAAGUGAUAACUCCAUGAUGAAUAUCGACAGUUCAAAUAUUUCGACCAAGAAGGGAUCACCAGUUAGAAGGGAAAUAAUCCAAUUUACUCCAGAGAAGCUUUCUCCUGUUAUAAAAAAACAACCUGAUGAUAUAAAUAUUAAUAAAGCAGAGCCAUCAAUUAGUCCCCUAGCUGUAAAGAAAAGAAAUGGUACAAAGAUUAAUAUCCAAAGAGACACAACAAGAAAAAAUUUAUCAGAUAUGACAAAACAUUCACACACUGCUGUAAUUAAAUUAAAUCCUGUGGAUUAUAAUCCGCCUAAAAAAUCACAAAAUAGAAAUGAAUCAAUGUGGUCUAAACCGUUUGCACUUUUUAACCAAUUUGAUCAGCUAUUACAAACUGAAUUAGAAAAGUCUUUGAAUUGGGAUAAUGGAACAGAGAAUGCGUCAAGUUUUAUUGAAGAGACAGAUAAAGAGGAGUCUAGUGAGAUAGUACGAUCCGAUCUUGAUACUAAGAAUACUGGGUAUAAAUCAAAUCCAAAUGAUUAUUUACAUAAACAAUCAGCAAUUGAUAGUCGCCAGUUACAAUCUAGUGGCCAGUCUUUGACCAGAAGUGUAUCUACAUCGCUAUGGGGGUUUGUUAAUGAUGUGAAAGAAGGUUUACUAGGUACUUAUGAACUUGUGGAUGAUGAUAAAAGUAGUUCACAAGACACCACCAAUAUGAAAGAGUUUAACACAACGAGAAAAAACGAUCAAGUAAAUAGAUCUGUUGAAAUGGCAUAUAUUUAG